AUGAGAAAGGUAAUUGUUAUUGAUGACACAUAUUUAUAUGGUAAGUACGGGGGUAUGUUAUUAUGCGUUGUUGCACAGAACACCGAAAAUCAUAUUUAUCCAUUUGCCUUUUAUGAUGUAUAUAAAGAGAACGAUGAUUCUUGGACCUCCUUCUUUGAGAAGUUGAAGACUAUAGUAGAUGAUGAUCCAUAUUUAUGUGUCAUCUCCAAUAAGCACAUUAGCAUUGCCAAUGCCUUUUCCCGUGUUUACAGUCAUGCGCAUCAUGGACUUUGCAUGAGGCACCUCUGUGAAAAUCUUCGAGUAAAUCAGUACUAUGAAGACUAUCUUGCUCUAUUCUACUAUGCAGCAAAAGCUUAUUAUCUUAAUGAGUUUAGCGAGAUUUUUACGAAAUUCAAGGAUAAAUGCCCCAAGGUAGCACAUAUCUUUGAAAAUGUGGUUGGUUUUGAGAAGUGGAGCAGGGCAUACUUCUCAGGCAAUAGGUACAAUGUGAUGACCACAAACAUCGCCAAGUCAGUCAAUUCACUGUUGAUGAAAAAACGAAAGUACCCCGUGUCAUACAUAUUCAAUUCAAUUUCUAAAAAGUUUGAUGAAAAGUUCAAGGAGCGGCAUGCACAUGUCGGCAAUUCAAAUAAAAAACUUGGUCCUUAUGUGAAAAAGAUAUUAAGGGAUAAUAAGAGGGAGAACGACUUCUUAUAUGUGACUAAUGCAAAUGGGGAUCUUGACUAA